GCCACACCCACUCAUCCAGAGCAACAGAAGGCUCGGGGCUGUUUCCCAUCGUGCUCUGCGGGAGGGCUUGCCCCACUUCACCCCCUUUACUGGCACUCUCACGUCUUGGAGACUACAACUCCCAGCGUUCUCCGUGUGGCGGCGGCGCGGACGUCGCCCGGCCCCGCCCCUCGGCUCGGCCCCGCCCCCGCCCGCCGAAGUCUGCGCGCGAAGUCCGUGGCGCGAAUUUGGGACUGCAGUGUAUCGCCGAGCGGUUCCGGUUGUGACGCUCAGGACAACGGCGCGCGGGCUCGGCGCGAGGAACUGCCCACUGGAGAAGAGGAGGACAGGGGAGGGGAGGAUUCUGACGCCAUCAUGCAGCGAAGUAUUAUGUCAUUUUUCCAGCCCAAGAAAGAGGGCAAAGUGAAGAAGCCAGAGAAGGAGAUAUCCAACAGCACCAGAGAAACAGAGUCCCCUCCAAAGGUGGCGCUGAAGGAGCGGAAUAGAGUGGUACCUGAGGGCGACUCUCCAGUGAAGAGGCCAGGGAGGAAGAUGGCCCGGGUCCUGGGCAGCGAAGGGGAGGACGAGGAGGAGGAAGCCCCCAAGCCCCCCAAAAUCCAGAAGCGUGCUCCAGAUUCCCCACAAGUCUCCCCUCCCAGUCCUGGCACACCGCCUGAGAGCAGCCCUUCCCACUCUAGCACCUCUCCCACGGUCGUCUCCCCGUCAGGGAUCCCGAAGCGUCGCACGGCCCGGAAGCAGCUUUCCAAACGGACAUUUCAGGAUGUCCUGCAAGAGCAGGGCAAGGACGAGGACGGAGGAACCAAGAAGAAGAGGAAGAAGGAGGAGGAGGAGGAAGAAGAAUUAGAGACACCGACAGAAAGCCUCACAGAGCCUAAAGGGGGCAACAAGAAGGAAGCAGAAGAAGGGGACCAGCCCAGGUCACCCCCUGAGCCCCUGAAGACCUCCACAAAGCCCCCAACAGAAAGCGUUUCAGAGCCCAAGGUGGCCGUGAAGCAGGGACCACAGGAGGACGGCCAGGCUAAGCCUCCCCCCAAAGCUCCCAAGACGCUCAGCAGUUUCUUCUCUCCCCGGAAGCCAGCGAUCAAACAAGAAGCAAAAGAAGAGGGACCCAGCGCUCUGAGAAAGGACGAGACCAAGGGACACCUGGACCCAUCCAGCUACAAUCCUGCCAAGAACAACUACCAUCCCGUCGAAGAUGCUUGCUGGAAGGUGGGCCAGAGAGUCCCUUACCUGGCUGUGGCCCGGACGUUUGAGAAGAUCGAAGAGGUUUCUGCACGGCUCCGGAUGGUGGAGACACUGAGCAACCUCCUGCGCUCCGUGGCGGCCCUGUCACCUGCUGACCUCCUCCCCAUCCUCUACCUCAGCCUCAACCGCCUGGGGCCGCCCCAGCAGGGCCUGGAGCUCGGCAUUGGCGACGGCAUCCUCCUCAAGGCGGUGGCCCAGGCCACAGGCCGGCAGCUCGAGUCGGUCCGGGCCGAGGCGGCCGAGAAGGGCGACGUGGGGCUGGUGGCCGAGAGCAGCCGCAGCACCCAGAGGCUCAUGCUGCCCCCACCCGCCCUCACCGCCUCCGGCGUCUUCACCAAGUUCCGGGACAUCGCGCAGCUGGCCGGCAGCGCUUCCACAGCCAAGAAGAUGGACGUCAUCAAAGGCCUCUUUGUGGCCUGCCGCCACUCAGAAGCACGAUUCAUCGCCAGAGCCCUGAGUGGACGGCUGCGCCUCGGGCUGGCAGAGCAGUCAGUGCUGGCGGCCCUCGCCCAGGCCGUGAGCCUCACCCCGCCAGGUCAAGAAUUCCCCCCAGCCGUGGUGGAUGCUGGGAAGGGCAAGACAGCAGAGGCCAGAAAGACAUGGCUGGAGGAGCAAGGCAUGAUCCUGAAGCAGACGUUCUGCGAGGUGCCCGACCUGGACCGGAUCGUCCCCGUGUUGCUGGAGCACGGUGUGGAGCGGCUCCCGGAGCACUGCAGGCUGAGCCCAGGGGUCCCCCUGAAACCAAUGUUGGCCCACCCAACGCGGGGCGUCAGCGAGGUCCUGAGGCGCUUUGAGGAGGCAGCUUUCACCUGCGAGUACAAAUACGAUGGGCAGAGGGCACAGAUCCACGUUUUGGAAGGCGGGGAGGUGAAGAUCUUCAGCAGGAAUCAGGAGGACAAUACCGGAAGGUACCCUGAUAUCAUCAGCCGCAUCCACAAGAUUAAACUCCCAUCAGUCACAUCCUUCAUCCUGGACGCGGAAGCUGUGGCUUGGGACCGGGAAAAGAAGCAGAUCCAGCCAUUCCAAGUGCUCACCACCCGCAAACGCAAGGAGGUGGACGCGGCAGAGAUCCAGGUGCAGGUGUGUCUGUACGCCUUCGACCUCAUCUACCUCAAUGGAGAGUCCCUGGUACGUGAGCCCCUUUCCCGACGCCGGCAGCUGCUCCGGGAGAACUUCGUGGAGACGGAGGGCGAGUUUGUCUUUGCCACCUCUCUGGACACCAAGGACACGGACCAGAUCGCCGAGUUCUUGGAGCAGUCGGUGAAAGACUCCUGCGAGGGGCUGAUGGUGAAGACCCUGGAUGUGGACGCCACCUACGAGAUCGCCAAGAGGUCGCACAACUGGCUCAAGCUGAAGAAGGACUACCUGGAUGGCGUGGGCGACACCCUGGACCUCGUGGUGAUCGGCGCCUACCUGGGCCGGGGAAAGCGGGCCGGCCGGUACGGGGGCUUCCUGCUGGCCGCCUACGACGAGGAGAGCGAGGAACUGCAGGCCAUAUGCAAGCUCGGAACGGGCUUCAGCGACGAGGAGCUAGAGGAGCAUCACCAGACCCUCCAGGCCCUGGUGCUGCCCGCUCCACGCUCCUAUGUCCGGGCCGACGGCGCCGUGGCCCCUGACCACUGGCUGGACCCCAGCGCCGUGUGGGAGGUGAAGUGCGCAGACCUCUCCCUCUCCCCCAUCUACCCGGCUGCCCGGGGCCUGGUGGAUAGCGAGAAGGGAAUCUCCCUCCGCUUCCCUCGGUUUAUCUGCGUCCGUGAGGACAAGAAGCCGGAGGAGGCCACCACCAGUGCCCAGGUGGCCUGUCUGUACCGGAAGCAAAGUCAGAUUCAGAACCAGCAAGGCGCAGAGCCAGACUCCGACCUGGAAGAUUUCUACUAGGCCCCCUGCUCUCCCCGGGGGCUGGGGGCGGAGGGGGCCCAGGGGCGUCGCCUCAGGUGCUCAGCAAUCUGGUGUUGCCGGGUGCGGGUUUUGAUAGUCAGGUGUGUGUGUGGGAGGGGAUGGUUUCAGCUGGGGUUUGGGGUUCUGUCAUUCUUUUCAAUAAAUAAUUGUUGAACACCU